AAACCAGUUUGAUUGGUUUUGCGACCGGUGUCCAUGUGGUCACACUGGUUCCCAGCAGCCCCGCCCCUAGGAUGAGUCUCCAGUGCCAUGUCGCCUAUAGCGACACCAUGGCAACAAACAAGAGGCUCUUCUUUGAUGCUAGUCUCCCAGUCUCCGAUUUCAUCAGACCACUGGGACUAUCAACCCAAGAGUACGGGAAGAAGUGGCCGGGACUGUCCAACAAGAGAAUACUGAAGGAAGUCGCCCAGUUCAUGGACACACUCCGCUCCAGACUCAGUCUCCAUCCCAUUCAGAUCAUC